AUGGUCGACACAGGGUCAACUAUUUCGGCUGUUAAUCCAAUAUUUCUGGCUGAAAUUAAACAUGAUAAAAUUCACGCAGCAAAAGCAACGGUCCAAACAGCAAACAGUGGAAAAUUGAGUAUAAUCGGAAUAGUGAUACCUCAGGUCAAAAUCAACAACAUUGCUACAACAGUUAGAGCAUUUGUCAUUGAAGAUCUGGUAGUGAAUUUAUUAUUGGGUGGUGAUUGGUUGGAAUUUUGGAAAGCUGAUAUUAGCUACCACCAGAAGAACAUCACAAUUUGGAAGAAUCAUCAAAAUUUCAAAAUUCCAUUUGAACAACAACCUUGUUCUCAAGCAUUUCAGAUAACAACAAUCAGUCCAAUCAUAGUUCCUCCAAUGUCAUCCAAGUUUGUACAAGCAACGACAACAUCCAACAUCAAGGCUCCUAACAUGACAUCAGCAGUCUUUACACCAUCCUUUAAAUUCAAAACAAGAAACAACAUCAUGGUUCCAUAUUCAUUGGUAAAAAUCGAACAAGGCAAAACAAUGAUAUCAGUAUUCAACACCACCAACACCCACCAGAAAAUUCAAGCUGGCGCAAAAUUAGGUGUGAUUCAAAAUCAUUUCGAAGAGAUUUGCUGUGCUGUCAAUCUAAGCCCUUCGUCCCCUACACGAUCAUUUUCGCAACAGCGAUCUCAUUUGACACCUUCUCAACAAUUCUCAUCGAUCACUACAUCAGUUGAAAAAUUAAUUUCUCAUUUAUCUUCUUCUCAACAACGACAACUUAAACCAGUCCUUCUCAAGCAUGCCAAUGUUUUUAAUACAUCCAAACCAACAAUUGUGAACGUUGGAAUUCAGCAUAGAAUUCCAGUGAAGCCUCACCACCAUCCGACUCAAUCCCGAGCGUAUCGAAAAGCUCCAAAAGAACGUGAAAUUGAAUCAUUGCA